UUCUAAUAUAUACAUAAAUAAUAUAUAUGUAUUGAGAUAUAAUCAAACUAAACAGAUGAUUUUUUGUGUGUUCUUUAUUUGACAAAAAAAAACCAAAAAACAAAGUAUAUUAUAAAAUAAAACUAAAAAGAAUUUAGUUAAUAAAUUUAAAUUUGCGUAAUUAAAUAUUCAUAUAACGAACAAAUGUACAUAUAUAAUAUAUAAAUCCUUUUAUUUUCACUUGUAAUCAAUUUUUAAACAAAAACAAAAAAUUAAAGAAAAAAAGUAGAAAAUAAAUUAUACUGGUAUUACAUAUGUAAUUACUCAUCAUACUUCAUCACAGUUAAAAUAAGUAUAAAAGUAAAAAAAAAUAGCAAAGUACAGAAAGAACGAAAAUAUUAUUAUUUAACGGGGUAAAAGUAAAGGAAAAUUGUAAAAAUUUUUUAUCAAAAAGAAAGAAACAUCCAAAGUGAAAGGAAAAACAUAAGGUGAAAAACACGUACACGCAAAGGUGUUGCUUCUGAAUAGAAGAAUUGUUGCAUAUAACUGGACUGAAUUCAAAGUUUAAUUUGAUUCAUAUAUGAAUUUUAUUUUCAAAAGAAAAUAGAAAAAACAAGAAUACUACAAACAAAAUAUCAUUCGUAUUCAAAAUGUGCAAAAACAUAAAAAAUUUGUAAAUAUUUAAGAGCGCGCAAUCGAAAGAGCUGAUUUAACUAAUAAAUUUAUUAAAGGAUUUUAAGGUUUGCGGUAAAUUACAUUUUCAGUAAUUAGCAUAAUCAGAAAAUUUAUUUUAAUUAAAUAAAACCAAAAUAGAUACAUAUUUAAGUUCAGUAUUUGUAAAUUUUGGGCUUUAUUUCUUAAAUGUCGUUACUUAUUCAAUUGAAAAAAAAUUUUUAUAAUAAAAUUUAUUGAAUAAUUUAAAAAUGAUUUGUGUAUUUGAAGCGAACGUUUAAAGUAUAAAAAGUGCCACGAAAAAGUGAUCAGUAUUCCUGUUUAAAUUCAUUUUAUAAAGUCAUUAUAAUUUAAAAAAAAAAAUAAAUUGUAGCAAGGAAAUGUUUUAACAACAAAAAAUUUUUUAAUAAUUUCUAAAUGUUGUGAUAAAAAGCAAGAUUUUGUAAAAAUUUUUUGGUUAAAUUUUAAUUUAUUACAAACUUUAGUUAUGUCGAACUUUACUUUAAAUAUGUUUUGCGAUUUUACAUCAAAUUUAAAUUUGCAUUAAAAAACGGCAAAAAACUUAAAAUUAAUAAAAAAUUUAAGAGAUAUUUGUCAGAGCUAAAUAAAAUUAAGUCAGAUGAAAGGUCAACAUCUAUUUAAUAUUUAAAUCGUUUUUUCAUUUUAAUUUAUUUAAAACACAUGCUAUUAAGUUUACUAUAGAAUAUAUUAAAAAUUUUGAAUUAAAAGUAAAAAAAGAGAUAAGAAAUCAACAUUAAAAUGCAGCACCCUGGUUCUUGGUAUUUGCCAUGGGGAGUCCCAUUACAAAAAAUGUUAGUACCAUUCAAUCAUCCAUCAGCUGUUGCUGCAUACUCUCAACAACCAACUGUACAACCAGGCCAAUGUCACCAAAUACCAACACAAGGAAGUAUUACAACAACAGGUGGUGUUACUCAGCAGACACCACAUCAAACACAAGUUCCAUCUACCGUUGCAUCACCAGCUCUUAAUCAUCAACAACAUCACUAUCAAACAGCUGCUGCAGCUGCAGCAUUAGCAACAGCGGCAGCUCAACAACCAACAGCAGCACAAAAUUAUGCCCAAAUACAUUCGGUAACUGCUGCUGCACUUCAGCAUCAUACAACAAGUCAGGCUGCAGCAGCUGCUGCUCUGCAUCAUCAUACAACUGCUGCUUUACAUCAACAGCAUACAACAGCCCCUCCUAGUGUAACUGGACAUGGACAUGGACAUGCACAUCCACAUCCACAAACAAUACAUCCAGCUGCAGCAGCUGCAAUGUUUACACCAUUAUCUUUAAGAACAUUUAUAACAGCACCGUCAGCACAUAAUCAUUUGGGUUUGGCAGCAGCAGCAGCUGCAGCAGCACAACAACCCUUAACACCUACAUCUGCAGCAGUAGCAGCAGCAUCAGCAGUUGCUGGUCAUUACCAUCAUACGCAUCAACAACAACAUCAACAAUCCCCACAUUUUAAUCAACAUACAUCGCCACCACCACCACCGCCGCCAGCUAGUGCUGUUACAAAUCAAACACAAUCACAAUUAGCUGCAAUGAAUUUAAAUGUUGGUGUUGUAGCAGCAGCAAUGCGUCAAUCGAAUUCGGGAAAUGUUUUGAUGCCUUUAAAAAAGGUAAGUGUUUUUUUCUUUAAUUUAAUUUUAGGAUGUACAUUUUUUUUAAUAAUACAUAUUUAAAAAAAAAACUUGCCUCUUGUUGAUUUCUCAAAAUAUAAUAGACAAAAUAAUUUUGAAUACUUCGUUGUUUUAUGAUAAAAAUAGAACAUUUUUUCACGUAUUUCGUGACAUAAUCCAC